AUGCGUUCUCUUAGUCCUAAUAAGCUCACUACCAAUUAUAAAUACCAAUCCAUUUCUUCCAGAAAGAUGUCCAAUGCAAAUAAGUCGGACAUUCCUACAACCAGAAAUGUUGGCAGCAGAAACACACUAGUUGAUCCCUUGUCUAUGAGAAUCUCGUUUAGCCAGGAAAUGUCUCACGACAAAAACACUGUAUCUGAUCGAUUUAAAGUCAAUCCACCAGCACAAACCCACCAUAACAGUUCCAAAAAGCGUACUGCUGGUAAUACCCCAUCUGAAGAAUACAAGGCAUCUUCACACCGUCCUUUAUCAAAUAAAGAACAGCAGCCUCAACAACAUAUCCGUAUGAAUGACUCGGGGAUCUACGAUCUCGAAAACUCUGAAUCUGAUAGCGAUGAAAUGAUGGCUGCCGUGGCAUCGACGCGAGAUCUGUUACGUAAUCUGGAAUACAACCUACAAGAUCAAGCGCAGGACAAACAAAAUGCCUCACACAUUCCAGUGUCUCCCCACCACCCAUCUUUGUUGCAUUUGAAAACUGAUACAGAGCAUGAGAAUGAAAUCAAAAGCAACACUUUUCUAACAUCCACUCAUACUACACAACUCUUUGUAAACGAUCAUGCUACUCCAGUGUGCAACAUUGCUUCUCCCACCAUCUCCAGUGCACAAAAAUCUGUUGCAAAACAAUCUAAACCCCAGUUUGAAUCCAUUCCGCUUGAAUUUGAAUCAAAUUUACCAACACAUCAAUCCUCGAAUCUCAUAAAUCAGCCUGAUCAUUUUGAGCAGCAGCCAAUAGUCCAGUCAUCGGUAGACCCUCAUGCAUUAUGGACUCAAUCUCUUUCUACAAUGUCUUUGUCUGAUCUUGCCAAUGAAUUUACUUUGCUUUGUGAAACCAUGGCUCAGCAACUGGCUACGUUUAAUUCAAUCGUGAAAAAGAAUGAGCAGUUUUAUCAAGAUAUAACUGUGGAACUUGGCUUGCAUCGACAGAAUGUAAAGCAACAUCAAGAAUGGCUUCAGGUUCAGCAAGACAAUUUGAUUCAACGAUUUCAAUUCCUUCGCGAUACAAACACUAUAUGA